CAUUCUAUUAUAGAAGAUUUGUGAAUAAUGCAUAUUAUAUUAGUGGUACAUGCAUAUAUUAAUUUUGCAAGACUGAAAGUUUGUAGGAAGAAUAUUUAUUUUGUAUAAAAACAGACAAUUAUAAGCGAAACAUUAUCAGUCUUCUGUUGAUUCACAAAAGAAGAACAUUAUGCCUUUCAAAGUUUUGUCUUUUGCUGCACUUGUUGCCUUCGUAAAUGCAGGAUUAUUAAGCGAGGCUCCAGUUUCUGGUCCUGUUAUUUCCGCAUACUCAUCCGCACCUGUAUUAGCUGCUCCAAAUGUAAUUAAUUCAGUAGCUCCAGUAGUGUCUGCUUACUCCUCACCUUUAGCUUUACCUGCUACAGCUCCAGUAAUUCCUUCGUACUCUGCGCCAGUUUUAGCCAAUGCAGUAGCUCCAGUUGCAUACUCUGCACCAGUUACGUAUUCCUCGCCAGCGCCAGUCGUGUCAGCUUAUUCUAGUCCUUUAGUAGCCAAAAGCUUGACACCCGUUAGCUACGCUUCAUCUGCUCCAGUUGUAUCCCCAGUAGCCUACUCAGCACCAGCCCCAGUAGUGUCAGCGUACUCUAGUCCAUUAGUAGCCAAAAGCUUGACACCCGUGAGCUACGCCUCGACUGCUCCAGUUAUAUCAACUUACUCGGCUCCAGUAGUAGCCCAAGGCGUCUCUCCCUUAGCUUAUAGUGCGCCUGCUCCAGUUGUAUCUACCUACUCAGCCCCUCUUGUGACUAAAAGUGUAGCUGCCGCACCAGUUUCAUAUGCCGGAUAUUCUUCUCCAGUUCUGUCUGCUUAUUCUGCUGCACCAGUUGUUCAGCCAUGGUAGUUACUUAGUAAUAUCGACUGAUAUUUAAAUAUUAAUUAUUUAUAAAUUUACAUAAUAUUAUGAAUAAA